AUGCAUUGUGGGACACAGAGUAAGAUGGAAGCGGCCACUAGGAGCAUGUUGAUGAAGCCCCGAUCAUAAUAAUAAUUAAAAAAUACUCGGUAGAUCAACGCGUAAGACCAGACUUUAUGUUUUGUUGGUGUCAUAAAAGGAGAUCAUCUUGUCACACGAUUGCUGCUCGACGCUGAAACAGAACAUUUGGAAGAUGUUUGGACUUGGAGGACUGCUGAAAGCUGCAGGGUCCAUGUGUCAGUCUGCUGGGUCACUGCUCCGCACAUCCAGGACAAUUUCUACUAGUACAUGCUGCCAGAUCAGGAUGCAUGCCAUCCCUGAACUGAAGAAGGUGGACAGAUGGACUGAAAAGCGAAGCAUGUUUGGAGUUUAUGAUAACAUAGGCAUCUUAGGCGACUUUAAGGCUCAUCCCAAAGAUCUCGUCCUUGCUCCCUGCUGGCUGAAGGCUUUCAAAGGCAAUGAACUGCAGCGUCUGAUUAGGAAGAAGAAGAUGGUGGGAGACAGAAUGAUGACCUUGGACCGACACAACUUGGAGAAAAGGAUCAAAUUCCUCUACAGACGCUUCAACCGCUACGGCAAACACCGCUAAAGUGGAACACAGAGUACUGGAAAAUACAUUUGACCAGCCUAAAAAGACUUCUGGAGACUUGUUGAGUGAUUUCAUGUAAUUAAAGUAUUGUUUAUUUCCAA